AUGGGCAAAGAGGGUGUCAGAGAGAGGAUCCGCACUCUGCUGGAUCCGCAGCCGUCUAUGCCUAGGAAGGCAGCGGCCGAGGCAGCUUCAGACUCUGAUAGCAUUGUCUGCUUGAUUGAAAAAGAACCAAGGAGACCGCAGAAGAUUGAGGCGGCCCAGUUGCCAUACAACGGUUUGUCCAGUCCUCCCUCUUCUUGA